UGAUGGAAGCUUCGUCGUGGGUUUGAUGCUUGAUUGAAGAGCUGUGUCGUAUUCAGCUCACUCGAAUCCAGAACGUUGAGAUGAAGAAAAGUCUAUGGGUGCCAAUCUCUGGACCGUAGUUUUAUCCAAAAGAGGGACAUUAUUUGUGGUCUGCAUUUCGCAAAAGCUAACUUUGAUUUUGUUUAAUCAGUGAAGCUUCAUAGGCUAACCAUAUCCCCAGAGGCUGCCGCUGCCCAACUGCUGGCGCCAGGCUGAAGUGGAGUGCGCAACGAGUAUUGUCCUGUUGUGGGGCACUAAGUGCGCGACACAUCCACUGCUUCUCCGCGAGUCUGUAGACAAGUGUAGAGCGACGCGGGAGGAACAGUAAUUGUAAGAAAAAUAGCGCUUUCCUCGACGAGACUUAUUUGUGAAGCUCCUCUUUCUGCCGGCGGCGCCCCCUGCAGUUGUGGAUGUGGUAUGACCCUGUGUGGCAGGAAGGUGUUGACAGUGCUAAGCAGCGUGUUCGCUGUGUGCGCCCUGGGCCUGCUGGGCGUCGCUGUCAGUACUGACUACUGGCUCUAUCUGGAGGAGGGCGUCAUCCUGCCCCUCAAUCAGAGCACUGAGUUACGCAUGUCCCUGCACUCGGGCCUCUGGAGGGUCUGCUUCACAGCUGGAGAUGAGAAGGGCCGUUGUUUCACCAUUGAGUAUGUGAUGCCCACCAACGUGCAGCUGACGUCGGAGUCUACAGUUAGUGUGCUGAAGAUGAUCCGUUCAGCCACUCCCUUCCCCCUGGUUAGUCUCUUCUUCUUGUUCAUUGGUUUUGUCCUGAGCAACAUCGGACAUAUCCGGCCCCACCGUACCAUCCUGGCCUUCAUCUCCGGAAUCUUCUUCAUCCUCUCAGGUCUGUCUCUGGUGGUGGGCCUGGUGUUGUACAUCUCCAGUAUUAAUGAUGAGAUGUUGAACAGGACCAAGACCAACGAGGCCUACUUCAGUUACCAGUAUGGCUGGUCCUUCGCUUUCGCUGCCAUCUCCUUUCUGCUCACUGAGACGGCCGGCGUCAUGUCCGUCUACCUGUUCAUGAAACGCUACACGGCCGAGGAGAUGUACAGACCCCACCCGGGCUUAUACGGUCCGCGCCACAGCAACUGCUCCGACUACUCUGGUCAGUUCCUCCACCCGGACACCUGGGACCAGCACGGCCGCAGCCCCUCCAGCAUCUCCAGCGAAGCCUCGCUCCAGAUGAACCACUCCCUCCACUCCAACUACCCAGCGCUCCUCAAGUGUCCCGAGUAUGACCGCAUGUCCUCCUCCCCAUGCUGAGGCCUGCGUAAAGCCCUGGAGCCUGGGCAGUGGGUUGUACACACAUCCCCAGGAAGGGAGAGUCUGACUGAGAUGGUAGACUAGGUUGUUCGGUCUGGAGGAGGGCGAUUGAGAGGGCUGAUGGGGAGGCGCCUAGGCUGCGUUUUGUGAGAGAGAGGGGGGGGGGGCGUAUCUUUUUCCAUGUGUGUGACGACCUCUUUUGAAGUCCUCUUGUAGUGCAGUUUUCUGAAUUUUGACACAUUUGGGAGAUGGCGACCCCCACAGCCGACCUUCCAUCUCUGGUUUUACUCAAAGUACAGUAGAAGUAGUGAUUCUCAAUCAGACCUUGUUCACCUUCGCCAUACAGUACGUUCUCGAUCUUGGUCAAUAUAGAAGCCGAUAUCUCCCCGGUAACCCACGUAGGUCUUCUGUCAACUGUAUAACUUGUAAGAUAAUAUACUAUAAGUGGGUAGAUUGAAAGUGAAAUGUUUCUCUCUUUAUUAUCUAUUUAUUUUGACUGUGGGUUUAAUCAUCCCGUCAAGAGAGCAGGAUGUUCAUUACACGUAAUUGAUCAAUUUAAUUAUUUUUUUUUCAUCUUCCAUCUCACGCUCAGCACUGUUGUACUGUUAAUAAAGACAGAGAUAAUGUUUGUAUAUGUUUGAAUGGAAAGAAACCAGGAAGCUACUACUACAUCCAUGGAGUCCCUGCAGAAUUACAGGAUGUACAUAAUGCAGUGGAAAGGGGGGGGGUAAAGGGAUGAUGAAGCUAAAGGAGAGAGAAAGGAGAAUAGUGUGUGUAUAGCCUCAGAACAUGGUUUGAUGGUCAUUGUGACCAUCAGAUAUGGAGAGCCAGUUUGAAUGUAAUGUAGCUGAUGAAGAAUGCAAAGUUGAUAUAAGCUAAUCCUGAUUUUGCUGUUAAUAGUGCACCAGGCACAUAUACACUACUGGUCAAAAGUUUUAGAACACCUCUUUCAAGGGUUUUUCUUUUGUUUUUACUAUUUUCUACAUUGUAGAAUAAUAGUGAAGACAUCAAGACUAUGAAAUAUCAUAUAUGUAAUCAUGUAAUAACCCAAAUAUUUUAUAGUUGAGAUUCUUCAAAUAGCCACCCUUUGCUGAUGACAGCUUUGCACACUCUUGGCAUUCUCUCAACCAGCUUCACCUGGAAUGCUUUUCCAACCGUCUUGAAGGAGUUCCCACAUAUGCUGAGAACUUGUUGGCUGUUUUUCCUUCACUCUGCGGUCCGACUCAUCCCAAACAUCUCAAUUUGGUUGAGGUCGGGGGAUUGUGGAGACCAGGUCAUCUGAUGCAGCACUCCAUCACUCUCCUUCAUGUUCAAAUAGUCCUUACACAGCCUGGAGGUGUGUUGGGUUAUUGUCCUGUUGAAAAACAAAUGAUAGUCCCACUAAGCCCAAACCAGAUGGGAUGGCGUAUCGCUGCAGAAUGCUGUGGUAGCCAUGUCUUAAAGUAAUGGACUGUUGUUUCUCUUUGCUUAUUCGAGCUGUUCUUGACAUAAUUGAGAGAAUGCCAAGAGUGUGCAAAGCUGUCAUCAAGGUAAAGGGUGGCUUUUUGAAGAAUCUCAAAUAUAAAAUAUAUUUUGUUUAACACUUUUAGUUACUACAUGAUUCCAUAUGUGAUAUUUCAUUGUUUUGAUGUCUUCACUAUUAUUCUACAAUGUAGAAAAUAUAAAAAAUAAAGAAAAACCCUUGAAUGAGUAGGUGUUCUAAAAUGUUUGGCCGGUAGUGUACCUGUAAAAUAAUCUGCUUUUUGGCAAUGGAGUAAAUCACUGGAAAUGUCAAAUGUAUACUUAAAACAAGUUUCUAUCAGAUUGCAUAUGCAUAGUUACAUAGGGGGGUCAGGUAGCCUAGUAGUUAGAGAGUUGGGCCAGUAACCGAAAGGUUGCUAGAUCAAAUCCCCGAGCUGACACGGUAGAAAUCUGUCGUUCUGCCCCUGAACAGGCAGUUAACCCACUGUUCCUAGGCCAUCAUUGAAAAUAAGAAUUUGUUCUUAACUGACUUACCUAGUUAAAUAAAGGUUAAAUACAAAAUGAAAUACAAAUAAAUGUAAGCAGUUUGUCUUUGGAUUGUUGUGUGUGUCCCAAAUGGCACCCCAUGGCCCUGGCCAAAAGUAGUUUGCUAUGUAGGGAAUAGGGUGCCAUUAGGAAUUUGACAUUGAUUAAGGAGAGACUCAGUUAGAAAAAAAUCUUAUUGUGUUAAAUGUGACUAACUUGAAAAUACAUAUUGUCUCAUAUACAUAUAUUUAAGUUAUAGUAUUUAUGCCAUUAUUUGUUCAAUCUUUGUAUAUUUUAAAGUCAAUUAUCAAUCUAGAGGACACAACUAUUGUCGAUGUUCAAUGUUGCGACUGAUGUUAAUAUUGUUAAUAAAUAACAAUUACUAUGUUUUUUCUUGUUCAGUGGUCUCAUUGACAGCCUAGAAGUUUCUACCCACAGUGCGC